CGGCGGCGGCGCAGGGGGCGGAGGCAGGGGACGCCCCCAGCCAGGAUGCUGCGGUUCCUGCGCCGGACCUUUGGCCGCCGCUCCAUGCAGCGCUACGCGCGGGGCGCGGCAGGGCGCGGGACCGCCGGCCUGGGGGACGAGCGCGACGGGGGUCCGCGGGGGGGCCCGGCCGCCGCCGCCGUGUCCACGCUGCCCGCCGCGCCCGGGGGCAGUGUGUUCCCGGCCGGCGGCGGGCCCCUGCUCAUGGGCUGCGCGGCCGUGCACAUCUCCGCCGCCGGGGCCUCCAAGACCACCCUCUACUGCCGCGUCUUCCUGCUCGACGGGACCGAAGUGAGCGUGGACCUGCCGAAACAUGCCAAAGGCCAGGAUUUGUUUGAUCAGAUUGUGUACCACUUGGACCUGGUGGAAACAGAUUACUUUGGCCUCCAGUUCCUUGACUCUGCCCAGGCUGCGCACUGGCUGGAUCAUUCCAAACCCAUAAAAAAGCAGAUGAAAAUUGGACCUGCUUAUGCUUUGCACUUUCGAGUUAAAUAUUAUUCUUCAGAACCGAACAACCUUCGUGAAGAGUUUACAAGGUACCUGUUUGUUUUACAACUCAGGCAUGACAUUCUUUCAGGAAAGUUGAAAUGCCCAUAUGAAACAGCUGUGGAGUUAGCCGCUCUCUGCCUACAAGCCGAGCUUGGGGAGUGCGAGCUUCCAGAACAUACACCAGAGCUUGUGUCUGAGUUUCGGUUCAUUCCAAAUCAGACAGAAGCGAUGGAAUUUGAUAUCUUCCAGAGAUGGAAAGAGUGCAGGGGAAAGAGCCCUGCCCAGGCGGAACUCUCCUAUCUGAAUAAAGCGAAGUGGCUGGAAAUGUAUGGGGUAGACAUGCACGUUGUCAGGGGAAGAGAUGGCUGUGAAUAUUCUCUUGGACUGACCCCGACAGGCAUUUUAAUCUUUGAAGGAGCUAACAAAAUAGGCUUAUUCUUUUGGCCCAAAAUUACCAAAAUGGAUUUUAAAAAGAGCAAAUUGACGCUGGUGGUGGUGGAGGACGAUGACCAGGGCCGGGAACAGGAGCACACGUUCGUGUUCCGCCUGGACAGCGCCCGGACCUGCAAGCAUCUGUGGAAGUGCGCCGUGGAGCACCAUGCCUUCUUCCGGCUGCGGACGCCGGGAAACAGCAAGUCCAACAGAUCGGACUUUAUCCGACUGGGCUCUCGCUUCAGGUUCAGUGGCCGGACGGAAUACCAGGCUACACAUGGCGCCAGGUUACGGAGAACCAGCACCUUCGAGAGGAAGCCUAGUAAACGCUAUCCGUCCCGGAGACAUUCGACAUUCAAAGCAAGCAACCCGAUGAUAGCAGCUCAGUUCUGCUCUAAAACAAAUCCUGAAGUCCAUAAUUACCAGCCUCAGUAUCACCCCAAUCUUCACCCCAGCCAGCCUCGGUGGCACCCGCACUCUCCAAACAUCAGCUACCCGCUCCCUUCCCCAGGGCUCAGCAGUGCGGACCGGCUGCCUUUUGGCCUCGAGGAGAAUGGGGGCACACCGUUUGCCACCAAAGCUUCGGGAAGGCACCACCAUCACCACCACCAGCACCAGCACCACACUAACUAUGGCCUCUCGCUGACCCUGGAGAACAAGGAGGGGCCUUUGAGGUCCCCAAACUCCAGCAGUAAAUCGCUUACAAAACUGAGUCCAGGAACACCUGCCCUGUUCAGCGAAGCCGCUGCCCAUCUAAAGAAGCUGGAACUGGAAACUGUGAAGGCUGCUGGACCCUGGCCUGCUCUGCACAUCAACAUAAAUAAGGCUGAAGAAAAAAAGGUUUCUGAGAAGACUCUUCAGACCCCACUUUUGCCUUCCCCCGUGGCUGAUCACGUUAAGUGUAACAUUUUAAAAGCCCAGCUGGAGAAUGCUUCCCGAGCGAGCGCCCAGGUUGGAAAAGAGGAAUCAACGUUUGUAAAUAUCAAUAAGAAAUCCAGUCUUCAGGACGCUAACGUAAGAAGUCCUAUUCCUAUACGUGUGGAAACUACCCAACCAGCUGCGGAAAAGCCGGAAAUCAAGCCUCCCCGAGUGCGGAAGUUAACGAGACAAUACAGCUUUAACCGCAGUGAUGAAGACGACCUCCCUCCAGACCUGGCCGAGGCAGCGGGAGCGACCACAACUCCAGCCAUGGCCACCACCAUGGCCACCACCACACAAGUCUCAGUGCCGCUGGCAUCCCCCAAGGUCCACAAACUCAGCUCGCCUCAGAAUUCAGAAGGCAAGGGCCAGCUGUCCCCAGGGGCCAAGAGCCCCUCUGACCGAGGAGGUGCCUUUACCUUGGAGCCGGGUGAUCUGCUGAUGGAUUUCACAGAAGCCACUCCUCUGAUAAAAACAUUCCCGGCUGAUACAGUGACCCCUUUUCCUGAUCCUUUCAUAACAGGGCCACAGUUUACCGCAGACUUUAGAGACAGUAAAUUACAGUGCUGUCCUGGCCAGUCUUCCCCACUGAUUCCAGCAGCAACCCUGAGGCCUUUGACAGAGACCGUCUCCACAGUGCAGACCAUCUACACCAUUCGGAAGCCUGUUUCUCCAGUGGCCAGUGCAGAGACGCUCCGGCAGGAACUGGAGAGAGAGAAAAUGAUGAAAAGACUGUUGAUGACCGAACUGUGAAAUUCUCCCGUUGGUGCCUGGAGGAUGGCAUGGUGCCUUCUGUCCAUUUUCUUUCUUCGGGCUUUGUGUGAUCACUCUAGCACGACAUACAAAUGUGUGCUCUGUUGGCCCAGGUCUCUGUGGUUAGUCAAAGCCAACUUCUGGCUUGACUUCCAUCGGAAAAGAUAUUUUAUGUCUCCUGAGUAUUAGAGUUUUUCUGCUACUCAGUGUAGUUGAGACAGGAUUUGGUAAGCCUAGAAGAAAGAUGGGAAAACCAGGAUUCCUUUUCAGAAGUACCUGUGUGUAUAUAUUAAUAACCACAGGGGUUAAUAUGGCACGGAAUCCUUUGCUGUCAAUCUCAACCAUGUGAUUUUGUAUGAUUGACACUUGCACCAAGCUUUGACUGUUUGUUAGAGUCAUUUUUAAUGAGAGAAUAAUUCUUUACUGCUGGUUUUUCAUUUACACUGGUAAAUACACAGAUCUUAUAAAGUCUUUAACAUUCAUUUUUAUUCAGACACAAGUUGGUGAACUAAAAAAGGAAAGUUGCAGUCACCAGAGCUGAAGGUGCUUCAGCUUAAUCUGAAAUACAAUUUAACUUGUGAACUUACGGUAUAUGAUAUUAUUGGGGAUAUAUAAAGUUUAUUAUUGAACCCAAAGUAAGACAUUAUAGUUUAAAUUGUCUAAAAAUCCUUACAAAGUGACUUGAUAUCAGGAUUCAUUUGGGUGUUCCAUAAAGGAAAAUUAUUUCUAAAGUUGAUCAACUCAUGUCCUGUUGAUAGAAACUUGACCAGAAGAAACUUUGCUCUCUUUUUAUAUAGUUUCAAGAAAUGUGUUUUUAAAUUUUUAUUAUGCACUUGAACAACUUUGCAGGAAUAAUUAAGAACCCCCUAACCACAGACUAGCCCUCUGAAAUAUUUCCCAUGCUUUCUCAAUGAAUAUGCACACAUUUUUACAUCAGUAUGGUCAGUGUGUACAUGGUCUUUGAGUACUUCCAUCUAACACACAGCUCCCCUUUUCAACACUGAUCCUGCUCUCACCAAUUUUGAUUUCUUUGUAUCCAUGUAACAUGAUUAACCUCACUUCUUGCCAUUACUAGAUAUUUGAGUUAUAUCUAACUUUUCACUCUUAUAAAUAGUGCUGCUAUGAAUGUCUUUGUAAAAAAUGUUCCUUCUUUUUGAUUCUCCCCUUGGGAAUAUCUCCAAAGAGAGAUUACAAGGUCAAAGAGCAUGAGGUAUUUUAUAGCUCUUGUUUCAUAUUGCCAGAUUGCUUUCUAGAAAGAUCCAGUCUCUGGGUUGAAAAGACCUUAAAGGUCAUCAAGUUCAACCCCCCAUCCUCUCUGAAUGCUUGAAUCCCCUCUACAAUUUAUGAUGCCACCAGCAAUGUAUAAGCAUUUCUAUUUACCAAUAGUUCUGCCAGUAUUGGGUUGUGCCAUUUUUAUUUAUUUUUCCUAGUUUAAUAAGUGCGUAUAGUUGUUUCUUGAAAGGUGGUUUUAUUUCAUUAAUUGCUAGCAAGGCUGAGCACUUUUCCAUGUGGUGACUUACUAGCUGUAUUUCCUUGUGUGUAAAAUGUCCAUCCAUUUCUUAUGACCACUUAAGUGGAAUUGAUCUCGUAUAUUUGUAUCAGAACUGUAUUUUUAUGUUGUAUAAUUUGCUCUCCUGUCCCUAUCCUUAAACCUGAAUGGUGCCAAUAAUUUGAUACUAAUGAUUAUAAAAAAAAAGUAAUGCCUCAUUGACUAGCAUCGUUGUAAAAUGAGGUAAUGUACGCAAAUAUUCAGAUAACAGAGGAUUAACCCUUUAAGUGCUCAAUCUAUACAAUUUUAAUAUUUUUUUGAGGGAAAUCUUUCUAAAAUAUAUUACACACUUCCCUGCCUUAGUAAACAGAGUAUACUGGAGAGUAUUUAACCUUUUCUUGAUGAGUCAUGGUCAUCAUUACAAACAUCAGCCCCUUUUGUACCUUGGUGUGGUGCAGUGAUGUCAUCAAGCGCUAUCCAGAUGUACAGGGCUUGGCUUGCCUUUCACAGACUAACGCUUUUCUCAUUGAUGGUUUGCACUGCUGUCUGCUCUAUUGGUGAAGCUGUCUGGGGGCAAUUGUGGUAUUUGGGAACUUUUACCCCCCACCCCAAUACUACAUGACCCCGGCUGUACUCUUAAAACAGCUUUAGCCGUUCUUUAUGUUGUGUACACGAUACAAAAUGUGUUCCUGUACAGUACGGGGGAAAUAUCUGUUUCUGGGGUUGUCACCUCUUGCCAAUCCCUCCUCUUCUAACCUGCUGUCUCAGUCUUCUGCUCUUCACUUCCGGCUCUCUGAUGGAAACCUCCAGGGCAAAACUGAAGUUUUCUUGAGGAAGCCGGGAAACUCAGUGUUACAUACGUGUCAGGUUGGCUUUGCUUCCGAGGAGGGAUGCAUGGGCUUUUUGGCCAUUGUUCUCAGGAGGCUCUGAGCCUGCUGCUUCUUCCCCAUGUCCCCCUGGGUUCACAGAUGUUUCAGAAGGUUGAUGUCACUGGAAGUCUUAUCACAAACAAGUUGGCUGUUACUGUAUAUGAAAACCCAGUACCUUUGGCAGCUCAACCCUAACCAGUAAAAUCAAGAGGAUUCCAUUGUUUCAGCAGUUGUCCUGGUUAUUUGCCUACGUACAUGUAUGUUGGGUGCUUGGCAUUGUGACCUGAGAAGAUGACAUUGUGUUGGGUGGAUUCAUAGGGAUAAAAGUGAAUUGGUACAAUCACGUCGCCUUUUUUUAUAUACUUAAAACCAAAAUAACAGUACCAUACGGUCACACAACACAUCUUAUGUCCGGGGAGAAAAAUGAGCUUGCUGACAUAAUCAUUCCGGAGCAAGUGUUCCAGACUGUGAGCCACAGACUCCUGGUGGGUAUGGGGGUGAGGGUUAAUGCAAGUGGCCUGGGAAUCCUGCAACCCCAGGUUUGUGGAUUGUAGAUUGCAUAGGAGAUCCUUAUGUGUAAAGAGUUUAAAAAUGAGGUCCUAGAGCACUCAGAAGAUCCCACCUGAAUGUGCCCCAAGAAUACACUCCCAGAAUAGCACAAGAAUAUUCUGUUACCAUCUUUAUCUUUCUUUCAUCAUCUCAAAGAUCACAGCUUUUAAAAAACUUGAAAUUCACCCUGUUAACCAUUUUAAUGUAUAUAAUUCAGUAUUUUUAAGCAUAUUCAUAAUGUCAUACAAAUAUCACAACUAUCUAAUUACAGAACAUUUCCAUGAUUCCAGAAAGAAACUCCAUAUCUGUAGUCACUACCAAUUCUCCCCUCCCCCUAUCUUUUAGCAACCAAUAAUUUACUUUCUGUCUUUGGAUUUCUGUCUAUGGAUUUGCCAAUUCUGGACAUUUCAUAUAAAUGGAAUAACACAAUAUGUGGUCUUUUGUGACUGGCUUCUUUCACUUA